AUGUUUGAGGACUUGAAAUACCACAACCCCGUUGGUCCCUCAACCUUUGAUUCACCUUGCGUCUUCUGCCUUCCGCUUCUGCUGUCCUCCGCCAUACCUGUCCGAAGCAUGGAUUGCCAUAGCCGUCCAACUUCUUCAAUGUUGCGGUCAAUCAGCCAUAGAAGCGAGAUCCUGGUACAACCAGAUCCUCUGAUCAUACGCGAUCCAGCCGCUAAGCCAAUCUCAAACAAAAACGAGGAGAGAAAGUUACCGAAUGACGCGACACUGGUUAACUUGACCGAUUCAUCUGCUAUGCAGGAGCCAGAGAACGGAGAAGAGUUUCGCACCGGUUUCUCGCAUUCUUACCUUGGAUAUGGAAUUCAAGAAAUCUGGCAAAGACUACCACGUCAGCCCAAACUUUACUACACCACCCUUCUGGAGCACUCAGAAGGUGGAAUGGUACUCAAGGUACCGCAGCCGAUCCGCGUGAAAGAAGACUCGACUUAG